AUGUUGAGCAAGAUUACCUACUGUGCACACGUGCGCACCGGGACAGUGCAUGUUGUGGGCACCAGUGGGCUAUUAUUGUGCAAGAGCCGCGUCCCGGGUUCAGAUUUGAGCCCAGUGCAAGGGCAGCCAGAUGAAGAAUCUAAGAAGUGCCAGAAGUGUUUCAAGGCUGCUUCGCUGGAGCAACCCUCAGACUCAGACAAAGCUGGCAGCGACAAGGACUCUUCAGAGCGCUCAGGCGCUUCCUCGGAUGAAUCAGGACAUGAGCAAAGUGCUCAUGAUAAGCAAGCUGGCUUGCAAUUGCUUCCCCGUUUGCCAACACUGGUGAUGGAGAUGUUGGCUCGUUGCUUUGAAGAACCCUCUUAUGAUGUAUCUUAUGAGAGAGUGAACUGCAAGGAGCUCGAAGGGGUUUUGGCAUUGGCCGUGAUACGCCGCUGCCCACAAUUGUUCGAUGAGUUAGCAAGUGUGCGCCGCCGUGCUGUGCAGAUUGACAGCACAGGUGUCGGCUCGAUUCCAGUUUGCCAUUAUGACUCUUCGCGCCCACCUUGCAAGGGCCUGUUCGGUCGAUCCUAUAGCGGGGUGGUCCCAAAGCCGCCCGCUGAAGCAGAGUCCCCAGAAUCUCGACCUGCCAAACGUGUGAAAGAUGGCCCAGCUCCUUGGGGGGAUGUGCCAGCGGUUGUACGGGCAGAACUGCAGAAGGGUAUUCCAACGCACCUUGCUGGUCGGAGCCUUGCUUCCUUAUCGCUGCUCACACAGGCCGUAGCCCAGAUGGGCCUGGCAAAGUGGGAGAUCCGCCUGGUCGCUCCCGAGUACACAAUAGGGAGGGCCAUGUUUGAGCACCUGAAAUUGGGCCAGCUAUCACGCCAGGUGCAAGACUUCAUGGCAAACCAAGAAGCUUGGGUCCACGAGACUUGUGUGGCCUUUGGCCUCCAAUCAUCGGAUGCGACAGAGCUUUUUGGCGAGAUUGCGCAGGGUGGCAGUGCCAUGAACUGGCUGGAAAGACGGUUUGGCCAAGUGCCAAACAAUUCCACAGUUCUGGAGAAGCUGUGCGGCCUGGAAGUUGGGAUGCGACAGGUGCACCAGAUAGUCUUUUCAAUGGAAUGGUCUGAGGGAGACCCCAAAGCCAGCGCCGAAUGUCGUGAGUGGCUCUUGCAGCAUACCCAGUACCCAGAUGCGGAGGCGUUCUGGCACCUUUACACCAGCUUUGAGCGGGUGUGUCUGUCGCACAUGCAGGCCACGGCGCGCAAGCAUCUGGUGAGCAAGACGCAUGCUGGCAUCAGGGUGGACGUUGAGGAUCCCACGGAGCUCACGCAGAGCAUUAACGAAAGGCUGGCCAAGCUUCCAGGGAUCCGGGCUGAAGCGGUUGCUCUUUCAACUCCGCAGCAGGUGAUGGACCACAACAUGCAGAAUUGGGAUGUCAAGUCCAGGAUGCGGUGGUCCGACUACAUGGAGCUGCGUGUAGAAUGUCAGAUGCAUUUGCAGCAAGGCUCUGCGGCGAGGAAGCACAACGUCUUUGCACGACUUGUUGCUGCCACAUUGGAAGACAUCAUGUACGUCCCACAGGUGGAUGACGCUAAGCCGCAGUUUUUCGAGAAGUACGUGGUCGAAAAAGGGCUUUGGGCUGAGCUGCACAAAGAUCACCUGCUGGGACCGAUUUCCAAGAUCCUCGAGGGGCUGAGCGCAGACAACAACAGCAAGCUGGGCAAAUCACUGAUCGACCCCGUGAUGCACAAGCUGCUUGAGGCACCGCGACUCCAGCCUUUGGAUUCGGACCAUUCUCGUUUCAAGCUGCUGUUCCAGGAUGGCAUGUUGUUUGACUUCAAGACGAUGACCUCGAGGCCAGCCAUGCCAUCGGAUCGCAUGCGCCUGACCAUGGCUUGCCCAUUCGAGCCCUGGGUUCCACCGGCAGGGGCCCCAGACGUCGUCAGCAAGCUUUGCCAGUGGCUUCCGCGCAAGUCCGCCACUUUAGAGGACGACGACCUGGGUGCGCAGAUUCAGGCUGACCUGGAGGAGCUCGCCACCAAGCAUGGCUGUUCUUUGCUUGCUGUCCUGUUUGACAUUUUUGAUUGCUGGCACUUCCCCAUCCACUUUUUACGGAACGUGGCCAUCAUGGCGAGCGCGGACCCUAAGUGGAACUUCAUCAAUUGGUUGGACGGCGCCGGCGGGGCUGCAAAGGACACCCUGCUGAAGAUCUGUCUCAAAGCAUUUGGGGAAGGGGAGCUUCAUCUUGGCAUGUGUGAAGCGGGCCGCAAGAUGACAGCUGCGGUCGACACUCGUGGCAGCUUCCGAGAUUUGAUGAAGGCCGGCGUGGGGAAGAGGCUCAUGUGGCUGUCAGAGGUGCCCGAUAGGAAGCUUAUCACUGAGCUUCCCAAGAUGCUUUCGGAACAGACGGGGGCUUCCUUGUCGUUGCCCGGCAAGCAGAAACAGGUCUUUCGUCCCAUGGGCCUCCUGUGGUUCACUUCGAAUUUCGCGCCAACAUUCAAGGACGGAGGGUUCCCACGGCGCUUGCAACUUUGGGGGCUUCCCAAAUCUUUCACAGGCACACAGGGCACCCAUGACGACAGCUUGCGGGAACGCAUUGAUGCCGGUGAGUUCAAUGGGCAGCUCAUCUACUUCGCCCUCGAAAUGUUCAAGACGCUGGACAAGAGCCUCAACCCAGGCUUAACCUUGACGCCUCCGCCCCCGUCCAUGGCAGACGUGAUCGAAGAGAUCCAUGAGGAGCAGUUCCGAGGAGCGGACUCGUUGCAGACCUUCGUGAACGAGAAGUGUGUCAAAGUGCAUCGAUCCGAGGGUACCCCCGUGAAGGAUUGGCGCAAAGCAGCAGCAGCAUAUCUGGGGGUGGAGUAUGCUGCCAUUGGUCCGAUGCUGGCACCGUGCAACCUCAAGUCAGAGUCUCGUGGUUCGCCUCCAGGUGGGCGCAUCAUUUCGCGAAUGCAAGACAGGCCUCAGAUCCCGCUGGAUGCGCACUUCGGCUUCUGA